AUGCCUAGAGACGACCUCUCCAUAGAUUUCGUAAAGAAGAUGGGGCCCUCGAUCGAGGCCCAAGACCCCGCCGUCAUCCUCGAAGACUUCAUCCACCGAACCGCCAACCUGCCCGAAGAGAUACGCUUCAUCCAGGACGAGAUCGCCGACAAGGACCGCGCCUACGGCGAGUGCGUGAAGGCGAUUGAGGAUUCAGACUCCAAACUGCAGCGCUGGAUACGCGCGAACGGAAGCCACCAGCCCAACCCCCGAGAGCCAACGUUGCGCGACAUCGCAAGGUCGAAUUACAUACAAGCAGAGAAGCUCGCCAAUGAGAAGGUCCUACUAUCCACAAAGGCCGAAACCUUGUACGACAAACAUCUACGAUAUCUCGAUACUCAGGUCAAAGCGUUGGGCGAUCGUGGCGAGCCAGGCUUCACCAACCCCGAUGAGAUACCCUCAUUGAUACGACCCAGCGCCGCGAACAACAGCAGCGUGCCUCUCGGAGUCAUUGCCGUCUCAGCAAGGUCAACACCACUCAAUCCCAUCCACAACAAUGCCACGCCAUCGGGGACGAGGCUCGCCAACCCCCAAGUCCGUACCAGCCAAGCCAACGCGCACAUUUCGAAUCCCGCGCCCACGACCCCCGCCGCAAGUAUGAUCCUCAACCGAAAUCAGCGCGAAUCCUCUGCUGGACCUGGAAGUGGUGUACCUAAGAGGGGACCUCGGACAAGUUCAAACCUUGGCAACGCCCCCGCAGCUUCGAGCGGUCUGGCCCGACAUUCGUCUAUCGGCCCGGGUACACCCAAAGCAGGCACUCCAGGGGCGUCGGGAAGAGCAGGUAGUGCGGGACCACGAGGUACUGCGAAGGCAACAGGUGCCGGCGCGGGACGGAAAGGAACACCGGGAGGAGGCGUAGGACGUAAGAAGCCACCGACAUCCAAAUCGACGUUGUCCCGCGUUAAGCGCGCAGGGCACUCGAAGGGAUCGCCAGCCUCGACAGCAGACAGCGAGCUCUCGGACGCCGAUUCCGCGCCUUCAUCGCGAGCCGGCUCGCGCGCAGGUAGCGGCACGCCCGUCCCGCACGCCCACCACAGCCAUACCAAGCAUGCCUUAGCAGCGUCAGCCGACGCAGACGGGGACGAGGAGAUGGCGGACCGCGACGAGGACGUGUCGGACGGCUCGGGCGGCUCGGGCGGCUCGGGCGGCUCGGACGAGGAGGACGAGGAGGGCAAGCGGUACUGUCUGUGCCAGCACGUGUCGUACGGCGACAUGGUGGCCUGUGACAAUCCGGCCUGUCCCUACGAGUGGUUCCACUGGACCUGUGUCGGUCUCAAGUCCGAGCCCGAGGGCCGCUGGUACUGCCCCUCGUGUACGGAGAACAUGAAGAAGAAAGGGAAAUAG